AAGUGUUGCAUACUUCUUUCUUCAAUAUUUAAGUUAAGUGUUACAUUCUUUCUUACUUAAAAGAAGAAGAAAUACUAUCAUAUUUAGCAAUGGUCUCAACGGCAGUUUGCAAUAAUACAGUUAACCAUAUUGAAGAAGAAGAAGAGAUUGUUCGUCCCAUCGCCAACUUCUCUCCAAGUCUAUGGGGUGAUCGUUUCCUUUCUUUCUCCAUCGAAAACCUGGCUGAACAAAAGUAUGCUCAAGAAAUUGAACCGCUGAAGGAACAAACAAAGAGUAUGUUGUUGGCCACUGGAAUGAAAUUGGUGGAGACAUUGAAUUUGAUUGAUGUUAUUGAACGCCUUGGCAUAGCCUAUCACUUUGAGAAAGAAAUCAAUGAGAUUUUGGAUCGGAUUUGCAAUGAAAAUUCAAACUUCGAGGGCGAUGUCUAUAAUGAAGAUCUAUGCACUUGUACUCUUCAAUUCCGAUUGCUUAGGCAACAUGGGUACACUAUCUCUCUAAAAAUCUUCAGCGAAUUCCUAGAUGGAAAUGGCAGACUUAAGGAGUCUCUUGCUAGUGAUGUCCUAGGAUUAUUGAUCUUGUAUGAAGCUUCACAUGUAAGGUCUCAUGGUGAAGACAUCUUAGAAGAUGCACUCGCUUUCUCCACUACUCAUCUAGAGUCUGCAACUCCACAUUUGGAAUAUCCUCUUAAGGAGCAAGUGAGGCAUGCCCUUGAGCAAUCUUUGCACAAAGGUAUUCCUCGAAUUGAGAUUCAAUUCUUCAUCUCAUCAAUCUACGACAAGCAGACAAUAAAGAAUGAUGUGUUACUUCGAUUUGCCAAAUUGGAUUACAACAUGCUCCAAAUGCUGCACAAACAAGAACUUGCUGAAGUAUCACGGUGGUGGAAAGAUUUGAAUUUCGUGAACACACUUCCAUAUGCUAGAGAUAGAGUAGUUGAAUGCUACUUUUGGGCAUUAGGAGUAUAUUAUGAGCCUCAAUAUUCUCAAGCUCGUGUCAUGCUCGUUAAGACCAUAGCAAUGAUUUCGAUUGUGGAUGACACCUACGAUGCUUAUGGUACAGUUGAAGAACUUUCCAUAUACACGGACGUCAUACAAAGAUGGGAUAUUAAAGAAAUUGAUAGUCUGCCUGAUUACAUGAAAAUCAGUUACAAAGCUCUUCUAGAUCUUUACAAGGACUAUGAAAAGGAAAUGUCUAGAGAUGGAAGAUCUCACGUUGUUUAUUACGCAAAAGAAAGACUGAAAGAAUUGGUAAAAAGUUAUAAUAUUGAGGCAAAAUGGUUUAUUGAAGGACAUAUGCCUCCUGCUUCUGAAUACCUGCGCAAUGCAUUUUUAACUACCACUUACUACUAUCUUGCCACAACAUCGUAUUUGGGAAUGAAGUAUGCUAAGGAGCAGCAAUUUGAGUGGUUUUCGAAAAAUCCUAAGAUUCUUGAAGGUUGUGUGACAAUAUGCCGAGUUAUUGAUCACAUAGCCACAUACGAGGUCGAGAAAGACAGGGGACAACUUUCAACGGUAAUUGAGUGCUACAUGAGAGAUUAUAGUGUAUCGACAAAAGAGGCAAUGGCUAAAUUUCAGGAAAUGGGUGAGGCGGGAUGGAAGGAUAUUAAUGAAGGAAUGCUUAGGCCCACUCCCAUAUCUAUGGAGUUUUUAUCUCGCAUUCUCAAUCUUUCUCAGCUUGUUGACGUUACAUAUAAACACAAUGAAGAUGGAUACACUCAUCCCGAGAAAUUCAUAAAACCUCACAUCAUUGCCACGGUUGUUGACUCCUUCAAAAUUUAACCUGACAAUCGUUGGUUUAAGAAAAUCUCCACUCUCUUUGUCGAGAAAGUAAUACGUUUUUUUCUUAUUUUUUUUCACGCUUGUGCAGUGUAGUUCCUACCUAGGACCUGCUUAUAACAAGUUCCUUAUGUUUUUUACUUUCUUGAUUAAACAAGUAAAGUCAGAAUGUUUGUAGUUUCUAAUUCAGUAUGGUCCAUAGUAAUCCCUGUAUUUUGUAAUAAUGCAUAUGAUCUAUUUAUACUAUUCUGUCCUUUUAA